AUGUCCAUCCUCGUUCCCCUCCUAGAGUCGGGCUUCACAGCCAUCUAUUACUCCAAGAUCGGGAUCCUGAAAGUCUUUGCCAGCGGCGAAAUCCUCGGCUGGAUCAUCAAUCCCCACCUCGAGCAAGCCCAAGACUUCGUCGAAGGCCUGAAGUUCUUGCUACUCAGCUCAGCCGGUAGCAGCGGUAUCAAGCCGGCGCAGUCGCUCCAGGCCUCGAUCGAGGUAAAAAUCAAUCCCCCAAACGGCCCCAUCUACACCAUUCCGGUGACGUGUGAGUCCGCCGAUGGCAACUUUGGUAUCCUCGCCACCGUGGAUGACCAGAAGGUGGAGUACCCGCCGGCCGGCAGCAACUUCGUCUCCCUCGCAAAAGGCAGCCACCUCGAGGCCUCGAUUGCUAUAGAGAUCCUCCUACCGCGGGAAGACUUCCAGAGCAGGGUUGUCACUUACCAGACCGAGGAUGGCAUCUUUGAGAUCCCCAUCGUGUACCACGACGUCAACAAGGACUCCGACGCGGCGACGGUGCAGAAGGAGCCGACCCCCGGGUCUAUCCUCGUUCCCCUCCCAGAGUCCGGCUUCAAGGCCGUGUACGUUACCAAGACCAAGACCCUCACCGUCUUCGCCGGUAGGAAGCGGGAUGUUCUCUUUGGAGGCUUGAAGUUCUCGCUCCGCGGUUUCCCGGGUGGGUUUCCCGAGACCUCAGAACAGGUCAUCGAGACCUGGAUCAAGCUGCACAUCAGCUUACCAGCGGAGCAUUUCCAGAGCGACACGGUCACUUGCCAGUCGGCGACCGGCACUUACCAUGUCAAUAUCAACAGCGCCGGCCUUGAUGGGCAGUCCAAGGACUCAAAGAAGGCCAUUUCGGUGACCAUCGACGGCCGCUUCGGUGACCAUCGACGGCCGCCUCGGCGACCGUUACGGCCAUCUCGGUGA